GAUCCUCACUGAUCUUUCAAAGCCACAAUGAUUACAGGUUUCUUCUUCCUGCUCUUCUUCAUGGGGGGAAAUGCCUCCAGCGUAGAGCUGCAAGAUGACCGACAGACACUCAAUGAGACGAUUACCAGAGGGGGAAAUGCCUCCAGCAUAGAGACUGAAGAUGACCAACAGAUGUUCAAUGAGACCUUUACCAGAGAAAAUGAAGGGAAUAGUCAUAAAAACUGCAGCUAUGUUGACAUUAUAAACUACCUGAACCUGACCCAAGACAAGGACAAGUACAUUAUGACAAGGCCUGUGAGAAAUUACAGAGAUGUUACAAUGGUAGAACAUAUUAUGGCAGUUGAAGCCAUCUUAGAUGUGAGGAAAACUGACCAGAGCCUUGUUUCUUACAUUUGGGUUCUAUAUCAUUGGUGGAAUGAUUACAUAUAUUGGAACCCAGAUGAUUUCUGUGGACUUAAAAAUAUAACAUUUCCUACUGCAAAGUUGUGGAUGCCAGAUCUAACUAUUGAAGAAAGCUGCCAGAAGGAUGUAAAGUAUGGCAUCAACAUGUGA